AUGGAGACACUCGCACUUAAGCGGAGGCUGGAGGAAAGACACAGGUAUGCAGCCACAGGAAUGUACGACAGCAUUUCCCACCCGCCUCAUCUCUGUCCCUUGCUUGCUUGCUUGCUAUGUGUUGCAGGGCCGCUUGCUGGCUGAGGCGGAGGUCACGAGGCUGCAGGAAGAGGCAGCUACAAGACCUGACGCGCGAGGUGAAGGCGUCGCGGCGCAUGUACGGUUACUCCCACCCCCUAGCGGACCACUGUCAGCAGAAUGACAUGCUGCGGUCCGCUGGCGGUGUCAGGCCGCCGCCAAACCCACCGACCACACGCCCUCCGAAGCCCUCUGCCGAAACAACCCCGCACCCGCCGCUACCCACACCGUCAGCCAUCCCUAAGCUGCCGCUCCUUCGACCUUCGAUGCCCAACGCCGCAACACCUCUCAGCGGCAGCGACGAGGCAGGGCAGCUGAACGGCGUGAUGUCGAUGCACCACGGGGGUGCAAUGGGGGCGAUGGGCGGGCAGUUCCGUCCUCUGGCGAGUGCAUUGCCGCCUCUGACUGGGCACUAUGCCAUGCCGCCCAUGAUGCAGCAGUACCGGCCUGUGCAGCGCUUCAACCCCGCCCGAGCCGGAUUCCAAGCAGCAGGGCAGGACCCCAAGGCCAACAGUGGGCCGCCAGUGCCCUUCUGGGGCAUGGCAGGAGGGGUGGGUGACCAGCCGGCACGACAGGCAGCGGCAGGCAGCCCACGGAUGCUUCCCAACCUGCUCCCGCCCCCCGCUGUGCACAUCACGCCCUUGGGUGCCUACGCUGCCGUCCCCCAUCAGCACCAUCAGCAUCAGUGUCAUCCUGCGGCACACGGCGGGGCGAUCGGCUCUGUCGCUGUGCCGUUUGGCCACCAGGGCAGCCCCCUGUUCCGCCCGUCCAACCGCCCCGCGCAGGAGCAAGCUGAAAUGUCGGCCUUGGUCGCGUCUAAGGGCAGCCUCAUCCCACACGACUAUGGCGUCGCUGAAGGUAGUGCGGCACCCGGCCCCCGCGACACAAGUCACCAUCAGAUCAACAACAAGUCAGCAUCGCCGCAGAUGCGUCACCAGCAGCAGAUGGCCGUGCCGAUACCGUCAUGCGGGGGCGCGGGCCUCCAGCCGAUGGCGCACAAGGGCUCGCCGCCACCAGCUGCCACUGCAUCUGCAAAGGAGCCUUCGAAGCACGGCCACGCUCUUCAGCAGCACCAGUACCACCAGCAGGCAAUGGCGGGGCCCUCUGCCGCCAACAACCUGACGCCACACGAGCAUCAUGGCCAUUGGGCGAGGAGUAAGGAGAGAGGAUGCUGA